AUGUCAGGAAUCGAAAGCAAGUGCAACCCGGUGCAGACAGGUGUUGAAGUCAUCGCCAUCGACCAGGGCUCUGACAUACAGAAGCCCGAUCUCCUGGACGAUGAUGCAGAGCGAGCGCAAGCAUUGGCUCACUUCGAAAGCGGUACGUCAGCGGAACGACGCCUUGUUCGCAAACUCGACUUCAUUCUUCUGCCCACACUCUGGGUCAUGUACGUUUUAGCGUAUAUUGAUCGUGGCAAUGUGGCGAACGCAAAUGCUGCUGGCCUGAGUGAGGACCUCGAUCUGAGUGAUGGCGACUAUAGUCUGAUCAUCAGCAUUUUUUUCAUUGGCUAUACUUUGUUUGAGGUCCCAUCAAACUUGGUUCUCGCGAAAAUGCGGCCUUCUGUUUACCUGAACACCAUCAUGGCUGUGUGGGGUGUCUGUGUUGCAGCCAUGUCCCAAUGCAAGACCCGAGAGCACCUUCUGAUCGGUCGCUUUUUCCUUGGCUGUAUCGAAGCUGGUUUAUUUCCAGGAGCAUUGUACCUAUUGACUUGUUGGUACACUAAGCGCGAGAUUGGCAAACGCUUUGCGCUCUUCUACACAUCCGGCUGCGUCUCCCCUGCGCUCGGAGGCAUCAUGGCCGGCGCCAUCAUCUCCGGACUUGACGGCAGACUCGGCAUGCCAGGAUGGCGCUGGCUAUUCCUAAUCGAAGGAAUUCUCACAGUGGCGUUCGCCGGCAUUUUCCUCUUCGUCCUGAUCGACUAUCCUAUCAACACCAAACGAUUCUUCAGCGCCGAGGAGCGUGAACUCGCUCAUGUCCGCAUCUUGCAUGACCGCCAGACCGGCGUGUCACAGAACAAGAAGAAGCUCACUGCGCUCCAAUCGGUCUGGGUAGUUCUCGCGGAUCCUCGCUCGUGGGCCUUUUUGGUCCUCUACAUCAUGAACUCUACCUCUACCUCGAUCAGCUACUUCGUCCCUGUCACGCUGCGCACGAUGGGCUAUACUUCUGUCACGGCUCAGUGGAUGACUGUUCCAAUCUGGAUCUCCGGCGCCAUCAUCAUGGUCAUUAUCUCAACAUCGUCCGACUACUUCCGCGACCGCCGCUGGCACACCGCCGGCGCCUUGAUGAUGGCUUUCAUCUGCAGUGUUGUCUGUCUGACCACAGCUGCCGGCAUCGUCCGCUAUGCCAUGCUCUGCUUCUACAUUGGUGGCCUAUACACCGCCAUCACACAGAUUCUGAAUGAACAGUGGACCAGCGAGGAGAUGGCACUGCCCGACCAGAAGCGCUCAGUGGCCCUAGCGUUCAUCAAUUCCUGGGGCAAUCUGAGUAUCAUCUGGGGCUCGCGACUGUGGCCUAGUGCACAAAGCCCCGGCUACAAGCUUGGCUUCUCCACGGUAGCUGCCAUGACCGGCUUCGGAACAAUUAUGGCAAUUCUCAUGCCCUUGGGCUUCCGCAUGCUACCAAAGACACCGAUGACGCGCGUGGAAAGGGAGCUGUUGGCUGAGGAUGGAGUGGAGGACAUUUCGCCCGCGCGCCCGACGGCAUAG